AUGGUCAUUAAUGAAGUAGCACUAGAUGGUUUUCUUAUGUAUAGUAAACAACAAUGCCUGAAACAUGAUGAGAAUCUCGUCCGUUACCUUUCUCUUGUACUGGAUGUUGAGGUCAGACUGAAGCAGCAGCAAUCACCUGGUACUGACCUAGCUGUGCUUCGUGAACAGUUCCACUCGGCAGAGAAUUUCGAAGUAGAAUUGGAGGAACUAUCAAUCCUGAUUGAACAGGAGCUGGCAUCAGUAAAUAAAAUACUUGAAGGAUGCACACAACAUGUGCCUGAACAGUUACUGAAAGCACUUGAGAAAGACUCAAAAAACCUGCAAAAAUCAUUUGCCUCUGUUCGUGAAGUGUCAAAAACCUGGCAUGGAACUCUGACAAACAUGUUGGCAACUGAAAAAAAUAAAGUCAUCACUGAAUAUGAUCAGCUUCAAAAGAAACAAGGAACACUUAUGGACUUGUUAAUUCAAACCACACAAACUGUGUAUAUGAUAGAAUCUGAGACAUCAAAAGAUGUGAUGGCCUUAAAACAGAGUCUGCAGCAAUAUAAGGAACUGAAACAGUCACUGUCGCACAUUAAAGCAGAUAUUGAUGAUUCAGCUUUUGAUAUUCAAUACUUUAUUUCUGAACGUGCCCAAGACCUAACCCCUCAACAAAGCAGGCAAUUGCUUAGACUAUUAAAUGAACUACAGCGAUCAUUCAGGGAAACAUCUGAAAAAGUUUUGGAGCAAAUAGAAGCAUUAGAUCUUCACCUUCAGGAUAAAGAGUCCAUGGAGUUCAAGAAGGCACAGCAAGAGCAACAAGAGGAAUGUAGGCAGAAACUGGAUGAACUCACGACAUGGCUGGCUCGGACGGCUAGCAGAGUAGCCUGUCACCAGGUGGCAGUUGGUGAGAGUGAUCUGCCAGCACUUCGUCAGCAGCAGAGUGCAAUUCAGGCUUUGCAAGAAGAUGUGCAAUCACGUGCUUCUGUGGUAGAGGAUGUAAACAAAGCCACACAACGUCUGUUGGAAAAUCAAGGCAAGCUGGAUUCUGAUGGACUAGCAGCAGUUGAAACAAAAUUGAUGAAAGUAAAGGCUCAGCACCAAGUCUUGUGUCAAAGUACUGAGACACUUCAGAAGCAAGUAGGCAAUGCCUUAACAAAAGCUAUCCAGCAAGAAACUGAGAAGGCUCAAGCGGCCAAAGAAUUUGAAGAAAACAAGGGUAAAAUAGAUGGCCUUUUAGGGUGGCUCUCAGCCAGGCAACAGCAGGCAGAAUCAUGUUCCCGACCUGUACUGCUUCAGGAAGAACUAAGCUUAAAGCCUGAUGGUGAUGAAUUGGAUACACUAAAAAAUGAUUUACAGCUACAAGGCCCGAAUGAUGUAACACAUACUGUGGCUGAGAUGGGUGUAAGACUAAACCAGCAGCAGCAGGCAUUAAAGGUCAGUCAUGAAAACUUGUUAUCGCAACAGCAAGCUUUCCUAUUAGCAACACAGUCAGCUCAAUCCUUCCUGGACAAGCAUAGCCAUAACCUUUCACCAGAACAGAGCGAGCAACUGCAGAAUAGUCUGAAUGAGUUGAAGAUACAGUAUGAAACAGCAGUUUUGCAGGCAGAAACUCAACUGAAACAUGUGCAAGCCCUGCAGGAAGAACUCCAAAAAUUUCUAAAAGAUCAUGGUGAGUUUGAGGCCUGGCUAAUCCAAUCUGAAAAUGAACUUGAAGAGAUAAAAAUUGGAGAAAUGGACAACGACUUAUUAGAAAUCAGACUGCAGAGACAGAAGAGUUUCUCUGAGGAUAUUAUUUCUCAUAAAGGGGAUUUAAGAUAUAUCACAAUCUCUGGGCAAAAGGUUCUGGACAUUGCAGAUGUCUUUGCUGAAACCAAUACAAAUGAAAAUUUUAAAACCCCAAUCGAUCCUUCUGUUACCAGCGCACUAGUGAAGAACAAGUUGGAAGAUGCCAAAAGUCGUUACAACACACUUCAUUCCAAAUGCAAUGAACUUGGCUGUCACCUGACGAAUAUGUUGGAAAAAUACCAACAUUUCCAAGAUGUUGCCAAUGGUUUGGAUGUGUGGUUGGAGAACUCUGAGACAACUGGGGAUGAACUUCUGUCAGAAACCAUUUCUUCUGAUCCACAAAGCCUGCAGCUGCAGCUUGAGAGUAUCAAGGUGCUUCAGGAAGACUUAGCAGAACACCAAAUCAGUGUGGAAAAGUUGCAGCAAGCAGCAAAAUCAUUACUGUCCUUGGAUGAUGACCUCAUUCUAAACCACAAUCAAAUUCAACAAAGAACAGGUUCUGUCACACAGAGGUAUAAAAACCUAUCCGAGAUGGUAUCCGAGCACAGUAAGAAGGUGCAGAUAUCAAUUUCUCAGUCCCAAAAUGUUCAGGAAGGCUUGGAUAACUUACUGGACUGGUUGGAAGACAUUGAAAAAAAUUUGAAAAAUCAGGAUACUUUGUUGACUUCAUGUGCUGCAGUCCAGGAUACCCUUGCCCAAAAUACUAAAUUAAAACAGGAUAUCGCUAGCCAUCAAAGCAGCAUCAACACAAUACAGGAAAUGGUUUGUGGUUUCAUUGAAAAUGCAGAUGGAGCAACUGCUUCCUCACUCCAAGAGAAACUUGACCAGCUAAAAAGCCAAUUGGGAGCAGUAUGCAAUGACCAGCAGGAGAAGGAAGAGAAGUUGAGAAAGCUGCUUCCCAAAAUGGAGCAGUUUGAGAAAUUGGUGCAGGACGUGGGACAGUUCAUGGAAAGUAAAUCACAAAGCCUGGCAGCUAGAGCAGAUCCAAAUAAAGACAUUGCUUAUUUUUCACAGCAAAUACUGGAGGAGAGUGAAGAAAUGGUAAAGCAAAGAGAAAAUCUGCAGACUCUACAACAACUGGCAGAGGAGCUGACAAUAUCUGGCAAUUUGACAGACAAGAAUCAGCUUGCAGAAACUGUCAAAAACCUAACAAGAAGUUACAAACAUUUAGAGCAAGAUGUUAAGAAGAGGGAAGAAGAAGCACUAUCCUGCCAGCAACACCUGAAUGAAUUCACAUGUCUGGUAGAGUCAGUUAAAAAAUGGUUAAAGGAAACAGAAGCUAGUGUGCCAGCUUUUGAAUCUGCGCUUGAUACAGAUGUGCUGGAGAAACAGAUCCAACAAGUAAAGAUCCUGUUGGAGGACUGGUCAUCAAAAUCUUCACAUGUGCAAGAAAUAAAUCAUAAAGGAACCCAGUUAGAAAGUCUCAUCAUGGAGAUAACAUCACCUGAUACUUCCCUAUUGUCCAGUAAAACAGGUUCUGUAAUGAUGAAUGGUGGAGUGACUGCACCUAGUAUGAAUGGGUACCACCGAAACAAAGAUCUUGCAGAAAUUCAACAAAGUGUCUCUGAUGUGAACCAUGAUUAUAAGACCCUUGGAAAUGUACUAGAGGAAUGUCAGGACCACCUUCAGGCCACAAUUCGGCAAAUGCAAGAGGUUCAAGAAGAAACCAAUUCUGUUAUGAAAUGGCUAGAGUUAAAAGAGCAUUCUUUGACCAGCUUGAAUUCAUCACCGGCUAAAGCUCAAGCUAUGAAAACACAAGUAGAGCAAAACAAGGCAUUUCUUGUUGAGCUUGAACAGAAUUCUGGAAAAGUUGAGAAGCUGAAAGAGACUUUACAUGACUUAUUGAAAAAAAAUCCAGACUCGCCAGAAGCAAAGAAGUUAACAGAAGUGCUAGAACAAAUAGAGUCAAAGUGGACUCGUGCCAAUCAGACAGUAACUGAAAGACAACAAAAACUUGAGGAAUCAGCCAACCUGCUCUCAAGUUUCCAGAAUACAGAAUCACAGCUCAGUCCAUGGCUAUCAGAGAAGGAGUUAAUGAUGAGUGUACUGGGUCCUCUAUCAAUUGAUCCAAAUAUGCUGCGUGCUCAGAAACAACAAGUACAGUUUAUGUUGAAAGAAUUUGAGACUCGUAAACCCCAGUAUGAGCAACUAAACAAAGCAGCAGAAGGCAUACUGUGUGCAUCUGGAGAUGUAUCUCCUCCUGACAGCCAGCUGAGCGAUCAGCACAAAGCUAUUAAUGACAAAUGGAAUAAACUUACCAAUCAGCUCAGCAGUCGUUCAAGUCAAAUUGAUCAAGCCAUAGCCAAGAGUACAGAGUACCAAGAGCUACUGCAGCAGCUCACUGACAAAGUCAAGAUUCUCUGUGAUAAACUAAACAACCAGGCUGUGAUUAGUACUCAGCCAGAUGUUGUCAAACAGCAACUUGAAGAAACCAGUGAAAUUCGCUCAGAUUUGGAACAGCAAAAGGAGCAGAUUGAACAGGCACAGAUUCUCUGUGAUAACCUGUCUUCUCUCGUCGGUGAACAGUAUUUAAAGGAUGAGCUUCGGAAGCGCCUAGAAGCAGUUGUAACGCCAUUUAAUAGUCUUGUAGAGAGAGCAGGUGAUCGGAUAAACCAACUUCAGACAAUUCUGGCCAGUUCUCAGCAGUUCCAACAAACCUUUGAUGAACUCAAGCUGUGGCUAGAUGAUAAAUGUAGUGAACAUGCUCAAAGGUCUCCUGUGUCUGCAAACCUUGAUAUUUUACAGUCUCAGAUAAGUGAGCAGGAAGAGUUCCAAAAGAGCCUGAAUCAGCAUUCAGGCUCGUAUGACAUGAUUCUUUCUGAAGGAGAGGCUCUAUUUCGAAGUGCCCAACCUGGGGAAGAAAAAAUGAUCCUUCAGAGUCAGUUGUCAUCUCUUAAAGGACAAUGGAAUAAUCUCACCAAACUGGUUACAAGCAGACAUUCUAAACUUAAAGACUGCCUGCAGAAAGCACAAAAGUACAGACAGUAUGUGGAAGACUUGCUUCCAUGGAUUGAAGAUUGUGAAUUUAAAAUUAAAGAACUGGUGAUCACUGUUGAUCCAGGACAACUCAACUCCUCUUUAGCUAAUGCUAAAGAUCUGCAUCAUGAUGUGGAGAAACACCAUUCCCUGCUGGAAAUAAUGAAUACUGCUGCUGAUAUUCUUGUUGAGUCUUGUCAGGUCAAUGAAGAUGAUAUUAGGGAUGAAAAAGCAGGUAUAAAUCAAAGAAUGGACCUUAUUACAGAGCAUCUUCAAACCAAGAGUGAAUCAAUCGAGGAAAUGGCUCAAAGGCUAAAGGAGUUUCAGGAUUCCCUGAAAAACAUUCAGAAGAAACUUGAUGGUACAAAGCAACAGCUUGAAAUAUAUGAUGCUCUUGGACCCCAAGCCUAUAGUAAUAAGAACUUGGAAAAGCUAAGGACACGGCAGGAAUCUUUGCAAAUGUUAGAGCCACAAGUAGAGUACCUGAGAGACCUUGCCCAAGGACUAGCAGAAGAUGCCCCUGAUGGUGCAGAUUCAUCACAGCUUCUACAGCAAGCAGAAGUAGUUCAACAAGAAUAUAGUGAUGUAAAACAGAGAGUGGAUGAAAGCUGUUUAUCAAUGGAAAACAAACUUCAAGGAAUUGGACGUUUCCAGAGCCGUGUACGGGAGAUGUUUUCGUACCUUGCAGACCUGGAUGAUGAACUGGACAGCAUGAGUCCUGUUGGCAGAGAUUUAGAUAGCCUGCAAUCUCAGAUUGAUGAUAUUAAGCAAUUCAUGGACAAACUUAAAGAAUUAAAGAAAGAUAUUGAAACUUCAGAAAAAGAAUGCAAGCAGAUGCUAGAAAUAGAAGGCAGUCCAGACUUACAGGGCCUGAAACGAGAGCUUGAAGCCUUGAACAAACAGUGUGGUAAACUACUGGAACGAGGGAGGAAUAGACAAGAGCAAGUAGAGAUGACUGUUUCACGAGUUGAAGAUUUCUAUGAAAAACUCAAAGAACUGAAUAGCCUCCUAACUAAAACAGAAGAGGGUGAAGAAUUGCAAGGGAUGGUGGGAGCAGAAGUUGAUGUUAUCAAUCAGCAAUUGGGAGACUUUAAGACAUUCCAGAAAGUUCAAGUGGAUCCCAUUCAGUACAAACUUCAGCAGGCUAAUGCAGUGGGGCAGGGUCUUAUUCAGAGUGCUGCAAAGAAUGCCAACACCCAAGGACUUGAACAUGAUCUGGAUGAGACAAAUACCAGAUGGAACACACUCAAUAAAAAGGUGGCAGAACGUAUAUCCCAAUUGCAAGAAGCACUGUUGCACCGUGGAAAAUUCCAGGAUGCUUUGGAGCCUUUGUUGAGCUGGCUUACAGAUACUGAAGAACUGAUUGCUAAUCAAAAGCCUCCAUCAGCUGAAUACAAAGUAGUGAAGGCACAAAUUCAAGAACAGAAGCUGCUGCAAAGACUACUAGAUGAUCGCAAAUCAACAGUGGAAAUUAUUGAGGCAGAAGGAGAAAGGAUAGCAGAAUCAGCAGAAACAGCUGAAAAAGAGAAGAUACAAAAACAACUACAGAGCCUGAGAGAGAGAUGGGACAAUUUGCUCAGCAAGGCCAUUGCAAGGCAGAGUCAGUUAGAGAAUAUAUUAGUCAUUGCAAAACAGUUCCAUGAGACAGUAGAGCCCUUGAAUGAGUGGCUGACCAGCAAGGAGAAGAAAUUGGCAAACUCUGAACCUGUAGGAACUCAAACUUCUAAAAUCCAGCAGCAAAUUACACGCCAUAAGGCCUUGCAGGACGACAUCACAAACCAAAGCCAGAACAUCCAGCAGGCUGUCAGUGUUGGCCAGUUUCUUAUGACGUUAAGUGCAAAAGCAGACCAGAAGAUGGUAGAGGACAAGUUGGAGUCUGUCCAGACUCAGUAUAGGGAGAUUAGGGACAGGUGCAGCCGAAAGGCAGACCUGCUCCAGCAAGCCCUUGCCAAUGCCAAGAUCUUUGGAGAGGAAGAGGUGGAGGUGUUGAAUUGGCUGGCUGACAUUCAGGACAAGCUCAGUCUGGUGACCGUCAAAGAUUACAAAUCUGACAUCCUGCAUAAACAACACACAGAUCAGCUGGCUUUGAAUGAUGACAUUAUAUCCCGGAAGAAGAAUGUAGAUCAAGCCAUUAAAAAUGGACAGGCCCUACUUAAACAAACAACAGGUGAAGAAGUGAUUAUAAUUCAGGAGAAGUUGGAUGGUAUCAAGACCCGUUAUGCAGAAAUUACUGCUUCCAGUUCCCGGGCACUGAAAACAUUAGAACAGGUUCUGCAGCUUGCCACAAAAUUUCAGGCUUUUAAUGAAGAACUGUGUGGCUGGCUUGAUUUAGUAGAGGCCGAGCUUGCUGCAGGCACUCCACAGUCACCAGUUGGAGAACAGAUUCCACAGGUUCAUGAGAGACAGAAGGAGUUGAAGAAGGAGGUGAUGGAGUACAGGCUGGUUCUGGACACUGUUAAUGAAGUGAGCAAUGCAUUACUAGAACUGGUGCCAUGGAGAGCACGAGAAGGUCUGGAUCGCCAGGUGGCAGAAGCCAAUGAGCGAUACAAAACUGUGAGUGACACUGUGACACAGAAAGUUGAAGCAAUCGAUGCUGCCAUUCAGAGAUCACAACAGUAUGAGCAGGCUGCUGACUCCGAGCUUACCUGGGUGGCAGAAACCAUGCGAAAGUUGACAGCCCUGGGCCCAAUAAGGCUCGAACAAGAUCAGACAACAGCUCAACUUCAGGUGCAGAAGGCCUUUUCAAUAGACAUCAUAAGGCACAAGGAUUCAAUAGAUGAAUUGUUAAACACUCAAGAAGAAAUUCUAAGUACCUGUGGUGACGAGCAGAAAACAACGUUGCAGGAGAAAAUGGAGUUGUUGCAGCAACAGUACGAGACAGUCAGUCUAAUGAACACUGAAAGGUACUCCCAAUUGGAGCGGGCUCAAGUCCUUAUUAACCAAUUCUGGGAAACACAUGAGGAACUGUGCCCUUGGCUUGAUGAGACCAGAAGCCUGAUAUCACAACUCCCACCACCAGCUGUUGAUCAUGAGAUGCUGAAACUACAGCAGGAAGAAAUGAGGCAACUCCGUGAAUCAAUCUCUGAACACAAGCCUCAUAUUGAUAAAUUGAUGAAGAUUGGCCCUCAGUUGAUGGUGUUGAAUUCUGAUGAGGGUAAAAUGGUUCAUGAAAAAUACACCACAGCUGAAGAACUUUAUGCUAAAAUAAAGCAGGAUGCGAGACAGCGGGCUUUGGCUUUGGAUGAAGCAAUUUCUCAGUCUGCUCAGCAUGCUGAGUUCCAUGAUAAGAUUGAUCCGAUGUUAGAGUCUCUGGAACACGUUGUUGAUCGGAUGCGGAUGCCACCAUCAAUACCAGCUGAAGUUGAGAAAAUCAAAGAGCACAUCAAUGAGAACAAAAAUAUUGCAAUGGAGCUUGAAAAACUUCAGCCAUCUUUUGAAGCUCUUAAACGUCGUGGUGAGGAACUGAUUGGACGGUCAUCUGGAGCAGAUGAAGAUCCUGCAGCUAAAGCCAUUCAAGACAAAUUGGAUGAGAUGGUAUUUUACUGGGAAGAUAUCAAAAGUCGUGGUGAAGAGAGAGAGAUUAAACUUCUGGAUGUGCUUGAUCUGGCUGAAAAGUUCUGGUGUGACAUGGCUGCCUUGCUGACCACCAUUAAGGACACACAGGACAUAGUGAGAGACCUGGAGAGUCCUGGUAUUGACCCCUCAAUCAUUAAACAACAGCAAGAGGCGGCAGAGACAAUUAAAGAGGAGACAGAUGGACUCCAUGAAGAGCUGGAAUUUGUACGAAUCCUGGGAGCGGAUCUCAUCUUUGCUUGUGGAGAAUUUGAAAAACCAGAAGUAAAGAAAAGUAUAGAUGAGCUCAAUUAUGCAUGGGAUAACCUGAACAAAGCAUGGAAAGAGCGGAUGGACAAACUGGGUGAGGUCAUGCAGGCAGCUGUGCAAUACCAAGAUUCACUGCAAGCAAUGUUUGACUGGCUGGAUAAUACUGUGAUAAAACUUGGCGAGAUGUCUCCAGUUGGCACAGACAUCAACACUGUGAAACAACAAAUAAACGAAAUGAAGGAGUUUAAAAUGGAGGUUUAUCAGCAGCAAAUAGAGAUGGAAAAAUUGAACCACCAGGGGGAGCUACUGCUUAAGAGAGCCUCAGAUGAAACGGACCGUGACGUAAUUCAGCAGCCACUGACUGAGCUCAAACACCUCUGGGAAGAUUUGGGAGAAAAGAUUAUUCACAGACAGCAUAAGGUAGAGGGUGCCCUACUGGCACUAGGUCAGUUUCAACAUGCACUGGCUGAACUUAUGACCUGGUUGAAUCAUACAGAGGAGCUACUGGAUGGACAAAAGCCAAUUACUGGGGAUCCAAAAGCCAUUGAAAUUGAACUUGCCAAGCAUCAUGUAUUGAAGAAUGAUGUUCUUGCCCACAAGUCAACGGUCGACACUGUAAAUAAAGCUGGGAAUGAACUUCUGGAGUCAAGUGCAGGGGAGGAUGCCAGCAACCUAAAGCGUCGAUUAGAUAAGUUAAAUCAGAGCUGGCAGUCACUGCUUCGGAAAACUGAAGGAAGAGAACAACAACUGGAAGCUGCUCUCCAGCAGGCUGAAGGUUUUCAUGGCGAGAUUGAAGACUUCUUGCAGUGGCUGAGUCGAGUUGAGAAUCAGUUGGCAGCAUCUAAAUCCACUGGCGGUUUACCUGAGACAGCCAGAGAACAACUGAAUGUCCACUUGGAACUCUACAAGGAAUUUUAUGCUAAUGAGGAAGCAUACAAGAACUUGCUCGAGAAAGGCCGGCUGUUGCUGAGUGCUCGUGAUGAUGCUGCAGGAUCAAAUGUUGAGCAGUGCGUCAUGUUAUUAGAACAGAAGUGGCAAUUGAUGAGCGCAAAGAUAGAGGAAAAGAAGACCAAGCUAGAAGAUGCUCUCAACCUUGCAACAGACUUUCAGAAUUCCUUGCAAGAUUUCAUUAACUGGCUUACUCAAGCAGAGCAAAGUCUGAACAUUGCGGCUCCUCCUAGUCUUAUAGCUGAUACAGUACUUUUCCAGAUAGAUGAACAUAAGAUAUUUGCUAAUGAAGUUAAUUCUCAUCGUGACCAAAUCAUUGACCUGGAUAAAACUGGAAAUCAGUUAAAAUUUCUCUGCCAAAAACAGGACGUGGUUCUGAUUAAAAACUUGCUGUUUAGUGUACAAUCACGUUGGGAGAAAGUGGUACAGCGUUCUGUUGAGAGAGGAAGAGCACUUGAUGAAGCCAGAAAACGUGCAAAGCAGUUCUUUGAAGCCUGGAAGAAGUUAAUUGACUGGCUAGAGGAGGCAGAAAACAACUUGGACUGUGAUCUUGAAAUUUCCAAUGAUCCAGAUAAAAUAAAACUGCAACUGUCAAAGCACAAGGAAUUCCAAAAAACUCUGGGUGGGAAACAACCAGUGUAUGACACCACAAUCCGCAUGGGCCGCUCCAUGAAAGAUAAAGCUUCACUUACAGAUGACUGUCAGAAACUGGAUAACCUGCUGGGCGAAGUGCGAGAUAAGUGGGACACUGUCUGUGGCAAAUCUGUUGAGAGGCAGCACAAGUUGGAGGAGGCACUUCUGUUUUCAGGACAGUUUACUGAUGCACUCCAGGCUCUAGUUGAUUGGCUAUACAAGGUUGAGCCACAAUUGGCUGAGGAUCAGCCUGUCCAUGGAGACCUAGAUCUCGUGAUGAAUUUGAUGGAUGCUCACAAGGUUUUCCAAAAAGAACUCGGUAAGCGCACCAGUAGUGUACAGGUCCUAAAACGGUCAGCUCGUGAAUUGAUUGAGAAUAGUCGUGAUGAUACAACUUGGGUGAAAGUUCAGCUGCAGGAACUGAGCAUACGCUGGGACACGGUCUGCAAACUGUCUGUUUCUAAACAGACACGACUUGAGCAAGCACUCAAGCAGGCAGAGGAAUUCCGAAAUGCUGUGCAUGCUCUCUUGGAGUGGCUUUCUGAGGCAGAGCAGUCACUUAGAUUCCGAGGGGUUCUUCCGGACGAUGUGGAGUCUUUGCAGUCAUUGAUCGAUUUACACAAGGAAUUCAUGAAGAAGGUGGAGGAGAAGCGUGUGGAUGUAAAUAAAGCUGCUGGAAUGGGAGAAGCCAUUCUUGCAGUGUGUCACCCAGACUGUGUGACCACUGUCAAACACUGGAUCACAAUUAUCCGAGCCCGCUUCGAAGAAGUAUUGACAUGGGCAAAACAGCACCAGCAACGAUUAACAACUGCACUGUCAGAGUUGGUCACCAACGCUGAAUUAUUGGAUGAGUUGCUGGCCUGGUUACAGUGGGCUGAAACCACACUAAUACAGAGAGAUCAAGAUUCCAUGCCAAAAGACAUUGAUCAGGUUAAGGCACUCAUCACAGAGCAUCAGUCUUUCAUGGAAGAAAUGACGCGCAAACAACCAGAUGUGGAUAAAGUAACAAAAACAUACAAGCGGAAAGCAGUAGAACCAUCCCACAUGCGAGGAAGAAAACCUCUCAGUCAGAUGACUAGUCCACCUGCACCCACUGCUACCCCAUCACAGACUGAAACAAAGAACCCCCAGAUAAAUCUGCUUUCUGGCAGAUGGCAGCAAGUCUGGUUACUGGCACUGGAGAGACAGCGCAAGCUCCAUGACUGUCUGGACAGGCUGGAGGAAUUGAAAGAGUUUGCCAACUUUGACUUCGAUGUUUGGCGGAAGAAAUAUAUGCGAUGGAUGAACCAUAAGAAAUCUCGCGUGAUGGACUUUUUCCGGAGGAUUGAUAAGGAUCAAGAUGGAAAGAUCACAAGACAAGAGUUCAUUGAUGGAAUCCUGUCCUCAAAGUUCCCCACCAGUAAACUGGAAAUGACUGCUGUUGCUGACAUCUUUGACCGGGAUGGAGAUGGUUACAUUGAUUAUUAUGAAUUUGUGGCUGCACUUCACCCAAAUAAAGAUGCCUACCGACCUGUGACUGAUGCUGACAAAAUUGAGGAUGAGGUAACACGGCAAGUGGCACAAUGUAAAUGUGCAAAACGAUUUCAGGUAGAGCAAAUUGGAGAAAACAAAUACAGAUUCUUCCUUGGAAACCAGUUUGGGGAUUCUCAGCAGUUGCGCCUGGUGCGUAUUCUGCGGAGCACCGUAAUGGUCCGUGUUGGAGGAGGCUGGAUGGCAUUGGAUGAAUUCUUAGUAAAAAAUGAUCCCUGCAGAGCAAGGGGACGAACCAACUUAGAACUGCGGGAGAAAUUUAUCUUGCCAGAAGGUGCCUCUCAGGGUAUGGCUGCCUUCCGAUUGAAGGGACGUAAAUCUAAACCUUCUUCCAGGGCUGCAUCUCCAACCCGAUCCAGCUCCAGUGCCAGCCACAGUAAUCAUAGUUGUACCUCCAUGCCAUCAUCACCUGCAACUCCAGCCAGUGGAAACAGAACCUUCACCCGUUGUUAUGACAAACCUUGGUUGACAAACAGUAAAGCCUGUACUCCCACUAAGUGCCCAGACUCCCAUGUGUUCCAGAUCCCGAGCAUUGAGGUGACACCUACACAGGGUAGUAAACUCAGACGACUAAGCACCCACUCCAGUAAAGCAUCGCUGACUGGAGACAAUGGUAACGCAUCUGCCACUAAAUCCAGCAAAACUGAUUCUAAAAGGACACCAAGUAGGCCAACGAGUCGUGCUGGGAGUCGUGCUGGCAGCAGGGCAAACAGUCGGCGUGGUAGUGACGCUUCAGAUUUUGACCUUUUGGAAACACAAUCAAUGUGUUCGGAUAUUUCUGAAUCCAGCACAGCAGGAUCCCAAGCAAGUUCAAGAAAAAGUUCUACAAAACCUUCAAAAAUCCCAACACCCUCCAAGAAGACCACCCCAAAAAACACAAGCACCAGAAGAUAAUGUAAAUAAUACAGUGGAAUAGUCACUUCCCCCACUCUUUCACGCGCACUCUCACACACGCGCUCUCUCUCUCUCUCUCUCUCUCUCACGCGCUGUCUCUCUCUCUCUCACUCACUCACGCGCUGUCUCACACACACGCAUCCCUUGUUGAAACCACCAGAUGUAUGAUAGUCUACAAAAAAAAUACUUUUGUCACCAUUGUAAAAGAUUAAUUGUGGUCUAAUGCUGCCUUAUCAUUGUACUUUUAUCUGUUUUUGUUUUUGUAAGUUAAAAGUUUUUUCAUGUGAAUAUUUAUGUAGAUAAAACAUCCAUAUUUUGUUCCCAUGACCUCUGUGUCUGAGGGAGGUGAGAAUGCUUUUAAAAAGAAAGGAAAUUUAAAUGUGUUCAUGUUCUAUUGAAGAUUUGAACUACUGCUUUUUUUAAAAAAACAAACUUGCAUUUACAAAACAACCCUUUAAAAGAAAACUUGCUGUGUAAGCAAGACAAAUGCUGCAGUGUUUGUUAGAAAUCACGGAUACCUCACGGAGUAUUUAAAGUGGGAAAAAAAAUGGAGUGAUGUACAGUUUUAAUUAUUUUUAAGAUUGUUCAUUUUUUGCCUGCUGAAAGUUACACAAAUAAUUAUGACAAAAAGUGCACAUGCAAGUUGUAAAAGACGAUUGUUAUCUUGUAAGCAGUAUAAAGGACACUUUAAUAGCAGCUGAUGAUUAUUAUGUGGGCCUCACCAGCAGUUGCUAGUGAGGCCUUUCUCACUUUUUUUAUGCUGCUUUUGUUCAUUUGAACUGACCACUGGGGCUACAUGAGCAGCCGUAUUUAUAUUCUAUUGAUAUCUAGUCUGACCAUGUCGCUGUGUGAAUCUUCAACUGAAAUUGUACCAAUGAGUCAAACAUUCAUUUUUUGUAUUCAAAAGCAAAUGUGCUUUCAGUAACUUAAAAAAAAAAAUUAAGUACUGC